CAGGAUAUAAUUGUUUGUUCCUUGCGCUGCCGAGUCACUGGAGUCAGAUGCAGCUUCAACAGUCUAUUCCCAGUCUUUGUGAACUUGUUUAAUAUCUCUCAUUCAACAUACUACUUCUUUGUUGUACUCGGACAAUCUUCGGUUGCACAUAAAGAUAAAUCGUUGAGAGAAAUAGGUAAGCGCUCGAGCUCGUAUAUAUCCACGCAAGUCGUUGCAAAUAAGCAUUGGGCUUCGUUGUUUCAACACGAAUCAGAAAAAAUGGCGGGCAAAUCGCAGGAGCUCAUCAGCAAAUUGCUGCAGGCUGAAGAUGAAGCCGAGAAGAUCAUCAAAGCUGCGCGAGACAUGCGUUCCGCUAAGAUGAAGGACGUCAAGCCGGCAGCGGAGGAGGAACUCGCCCCGUUCCGUAUGAAGGUGCGAUCUUUUUCAUUCGUCUCUCCAAUUUUUCGUAUGCUAUUGUAUGAGAUGCUUUUCUUUCUACUAACAAUAAACUACGUCCACCCGCGCUAUCCUACACUGCUGCUUUGAAUAAAGCCUAUGAAUGCGCCAAACACGAAGACGUGCAUGAGCCCGAUCUGCAUGUCAAAAAACUUGUCAUGUCAAUCAGUAAAGGCCGCGAUGCUAAGACAAAAUGUUGUUUUGAAUUGUUGCAGAGAAAAGCAUGAUUUGCUCUGUGAAAAAGAUGAUGUGCGUUAAAACACUUCUCACAGGAGGAGCAGAAAUUUGUGGAGGAUCAGCGAGCAAUGCAGGGAAAAAACAAUACCUCAGCAGAGUUGGAGAAGAGCACGGCCGCGGAGCUGGCCACGGUAGUUUUUCAUUUUUCGUUGAGAUAUGGAUCACAUUUUUGAGUAAGUAUGUUCAACCUUGUUUUUAACACGCAAUGAGCUCCUGUUCGAAUAAUGUUGCUUGCUUCCCUCAAAAAGAUGCAAUAUCAGGCUUUUGUUCCAUAUGAUAUUUUUCGAACUAUACAUACACAGGUUCGCUCUGACUACGAGACAAACAAGAAGAACGGCAUCAAGCACAUCCUAGACAAGGUGUUGGAUAUUGACCUCAGCAUCCCGGCGAACGUGAAGCAGGCCUUGCUCAUGGGCGCGUAA